GUCUCAGCAACGGACGCGUGGGUGAGAAUUGCCCGCUCGGAGGCGGAAGCGGAAGUAUCUGUGACCGGCGAGUAGGAAGUAGCGCUUCCGGGAGUGGAGAUGGCCGCGCUGGCCCCUCUGCCGCCGCUGCCCGCGCAGUUUAAGAGCAUACAGCACCAUUUGAGAACGGCGCAGGAGCAUGACAAGCGGGACCCCGUGGUGGCCUACUACUGUCGUUUAUAUGCUAUGCAAACUGGAAUGAAGAUUGAUAGUAAAACUCCUGAGUGUCGUAAAUUUUUAUCAAAGCUAAUGGAUCAGUUAGAAGCUCUUAAAAAACAGUUGGGGGAUAAUGAAGCUGUUACUCAAGAAAUAGUUGGUUGUGCCCAUUUGGAAAAUUAUGCUUUGAAAAUGUUUUUGUAUGCAGACAAUGAAGAUCGAGCUGGACGAUUUCACAAAAACAUGAUCAAGUCCUUCUACACUGCCAGCCUUUUAAUAGAUGUUAUCACAGUGUUUGGUGAACUCACAGACGAAAAUGUGAAACAUAGAAAGUAUGCAAGGUGGAAGGCAACAUAUAUUCAUAACUGCUUAAAGAAUGGGGAGACUCCUCAAGCAGGCCCUGUUGGAAUAGAGGAAGAGAAUGAUGUUGAAGAAAAUGAAGAUGUUGGCGCAACCUCUCUGCCCACUCAGCCUCCUCAGCCAUCAUCAUCUUCAGCAUACGACCCAAGCAACUUGGCACCAGGCAGCUACAGUGGCAUACAGAUUCCUCCAGGUGCACAUGCUCCAGCUAAUACCCCUGCAGAAGUGCCACACAGCACAGGUGUAACGAGUAAUGCCGUCCAGCCUAGUCCACAGACUGUCCCAGCUGCUCCAGCCGUUGAUCCUGACCUGUACACAGCUUCCCAGGGGGAUAUCCGCCUGACCCCGGAGGACUUCGCUAGAGCUCAGAAGUACUGCAAGUAUGCUGGCAGUGCCCUGCAGUAUGAAGAUGUGGGCACUGCUGUGCAGAACCUCCAGAAGGCCCUCAGGCUGCUGACCACAGGCAGGGAGUGAAGCCUCUGUUCACGGAACCAAGUGUUUUCCGCAUAGAGAACUAACAGUCCGUUACACUUUCCUCAGCCUUUCAGGAGCAUGGGAUUACAGAAGACCUCAGUUCCCCUGAGUAAGACAAUGACUCCUGUGUGUUGCAGAAGCAUUUACCAGCUGCCUCAGCCAGUUGUCAUUGAGUGUGUAGAGCUGAUGUUAGCAUCAAACCCUGCUAUGAAAUGUCCCUGUAGAAAAUCAUGUUGGGUAUAAUAUGCUUUCUUAAUUUAUACACACUAAAGGAAGUUUUUGAAAGAUCUGUAAUAUUUGGACAAACAAACCAUAUUAUGUUGCUUUAAUAUUCUAAAUUAAACUUUUAAUAAAGAUUACCAGAAUAUUC